AUGACGCGCCGCCAUCGGAAUCUGAAGCUGAAUCAACUCACCGUCCUAGCCGUCCUAUCGACGGCGGUCCUUCCCGGCGCGACGGCCAUCGAGGACCUCGACCCCGAGGACGUGCCGCCCGAGUGCGCACUGGCGUGCGCGCCCAUCACGCAGCUAACGGAGCGGUGCGAGGCGGCGGCGGAGCAGCAGUUGGGCGCGGAGGCGGUGAACCGGCGCUGGGCCACCGGGAAGCAACGGCGGGCGAGCGCCGUCGAUGGCGGCAACGGCGGCCCGGACAGAGACGUGCGGCGAGGGCGGCGGCGGCAAAGGGGGGCGAGGAGGUCGCUGCAAAGGAUGUCGGGUUCGCGCCUGGAUCGGCGGCAGGAAGAGGACGACGGCAAGGAGGACGGCGAGGACAGCAGCGAGGACAGCGACGAUAGUGAUGACAGCGACAGCGAUCAAAGCGACGAGGAGGAGGAGGAGGAGGAGGAGGAGAACCCUCCGGUGUCUGAAAACGCCGCAGAGACGGGGGGAAGCGAGGAGGCGGCAGCGGAGGCGAACCAGGAGGCCGCCGUGGAGGCGAUGCGGGCCUGCGUCUGCGAGGAGACGGGGUUCGACGUCGCCGUCGCCGCCUCUGGGUGCGCGGCCUGCAUCGCGCAGAACGCGACGGCCGCGGAUGCCGACGAGGGUGAGUUGUCGCGGCCGUCGAAUGCCGUUUGUCUGAAGGAGUAA